AUGAUACCGAUUUCUGUCUCGUUCGUUCGUAUGGCCAUGUCGGCGCUCGUAUACGCCAUCGUUGCCACAGCGACGCACUCUGCGUCUCCGCCGACGCUCGCGGACCUCGUCCCCAGUCUCAGUCACGUAUCAGCGUCGCACCCAUAUCUGCCAUCAACUCCCGUUGUGGCCCAGCUGGACUCGAAUCGACUUGACGAGAUCCUCGACUACCUCCACGUUGUGAAUGAAAAUUACCGAGGGACUGGGAACUCAUGGUCCGAUCCGCAAGCCGGGAUAUCCGUCCCAAGACCGGCUGUUGUGGAGACCUGGACUAUGCACCAAAGCACCCCCGAAGGCGACUGGUGUACCAAUGGACGCCUAUCAUCGAUUCCACCUCGAGACCCUGGUCCAUCUCCUCACGUCGAGCGGCAUUAUUACACGGGCAUUCCUCGCGAGCUACGCACUGCUUAUCCCGGUACUAGUGCGGGGAGUGUUUGGCCGCCACCAAUGUGGUAUACGCGUCUUGAGCCCUGGCGAGCUUUCUUCGCCCGACCUCCGGCGGACACGCGUGCGCUCCUCUGGCAUUACGCCGAUGAUCAUCGAUACCUCAUUCUCGGGUCCCCAGGCGGCUACUAUACGCUCUCAGAUAUCACGCUCGAAGCCAUGAGGCGCGUCGCGCAUGACGUCAUGGCCUUGUCGGAAGCGGCUGCUGCAUUGACUGGUGUCACUAUUCACUCUCCUAAUCCGGUGGCCGUGUACUCUCAAGGGCACCGUCCUUACUUUUCCUCAGCGGCCAACCUUGUAGAAAUUCUGGACGACUUUAGAUGGAGCGCCAUACAGCACCUUGCGUACGCUCGUAUGCUUCUCCUCGCUCUCUCCAGGUCGGAGUUGAAUAGCUUGCUCCCGCAAGUAUGGACCCCCUAUCCUGGAGAAAGCGGGCUAUCAUUUCGAGAUAUGAUGGCCGCGUACCAAGUCACAACUACCGAGCACGUCGGCACUCUCCUUGAUACGAGUUCACCCCUCCAGCAGUGGCCGUCGCUACUCAUGCUCGAGUACGCCGGAGUUCCACUAUGGUGGUUAGAGAGAUUCGGGAGAGCACCCACUAGACAUGAAGGGAUUUUUAGAUCAAGUACCACUCACUGGCGUCGAAUUGAUAUAGGUCGACCGACAAUCGCAUCAGUCGUCGGCCGUGCAGAGCGUCCCCCAGCCCGCGCGGAGUCUUCUCUUGCUCAACCAGCUCCUCUGUUGUACUCACCGUCGGCAUACUCUAUUCCUUCCCCACACCCUCAGUCUCUACACGGACAGGCACCCGUGGGGGCAUCAUCCUAUGGAAUUCACCCACAAAUCCAGACGCAUACACAGCAGCAGAACUCUGCCCAUUCAGGCAAUCAACAUGUUCACUCUUCGGCAGGGACAUCCUCCGGCGUUCAUGCAGUCCCUAUGCCCCCCCCUCAUCUUCAAUUCGGAGGUUCGACUUGGGCUUCUCAGCCAUCUGGGAGUUCAAACGGGCAAUCAAGCGUCCAGGUUUCACAGCCUGCCUUCGGAUCUUAUACAGUAGGCGCAUCAUCCGCAACGGGUGCCUUCGCAAAUCCGGGCGUUGGUUCAUAUGUGGACAUCCCAGGCGGUGCCGUGUCCUCUGGCGACGGCAUCGCGCAUGAGACGCACGAGACCUUACUAGGGGCUCAAGAACACGAUCAGAAUCUGUACGCUGGAACCUCCGCUGGCCAAAUGUACAGUAACUCAGGUACCGCCGCCAACGGUGCCUCCUCGAUCUACCCUAGACAUUCUCAAGACUCUCAGCCGUCAAGUUUCUCUGUUCCGUCUUCGACCCUCCCUCAGUUUGCACCCACCGCCUCCCGUACCGCAACUGAAUCUGUUCGCACAACGCCCACGCCCACUGGAUUGGCCCAAUCUUCCAUCGCUGGCGUGCUUCCACCUCAAUACAGCUCUGGCGGCUCUGGUGAUAUCUCCCGGUACGGCUCUGAAGGCGUCUUCCCAUCGACAGCGGCAGCCGGCGCUGGUCUCGCAAGAACACGUAGCGUACCUCAGACGUCCGACUCUGGUGCCUCAGAAUUGAGCUCGGUCGCCGGUGGGCAGCGGCACCAAGGCUAUACGCACUCAGCAGCCGCAGAUUCAUGCUCACGAGGGUAUGCGACAACGGGCGACGGCGCUUCAUCGACGGCUCUUAUCGUAUAUUCCGAAAGGGUCGGACAACGCAUCGCGGGCGCUGUCCAAUACUCGGACAGUAAUCGUCAUCUCGACGGAGCCUCUGACUCCUCGAUCACAGUCGGCGACAAUCGCGGUGGCGAAGUGGCGCCGUCGUCCAUCGCGACGCCAUGCUGUCUCCCUUCGCAUGACUGCUUGCUGGUCGGCAACUUGCGCUCCCUUGCGUGUACCCGCGGGGCUCUGUAUGCUGAGCUCGGAGACGUGCGCGGGAAUAGCAGCUCGUUUGGAGUCAUCCCUGAGGGUAGUGGGGCGUCAUUGUUGCCAACGCCGAGGGCCCGUCAUAGUCGUUGCGCAAGAAGACCAAUCCGGGCUUCCCCUGCGAUUCAUGAGCAUGCGACCGCUCCGGUAUCUGCUUGGGGAAGUGCCACGAGUAGGACGGCGUUAUUGAAGACCAUCCACUUGCUCGACAUUCCGUCGAUCAAUGAAACCCACGCGGCGCACAACAGUUCCGAACGACACGUCGGCCAUGAUGUCUCUGACAACGAGGGGUAUCGCGCGGCGUACCAAUGGCUCGCGCUUCUUCUAUAUGUGAUCAUACAGCUUAUGAUGAGUAAACUUCGUCGCACGAAGUAG